ACAAAUGACAUUGACAGCUUGUGUGACAAUCGUGUUUCGAUCUAAUGAUUUGAAUCGGAUCAAAACUCAAAUGUUCAAUUAUUAUUACGAGUUACGACAUCAUUUCACUUAUAUAUCCGACCAAAUAAUAUUUAAUGAAAUCUAUUUUAUAUAACUAAAUAGUAUCAAUGUGUGAGAAGAGAACAAAACUUGAUAUCAGUCUAGAUGCCAAAUUUGAAGAGUUUUUGGAUUAUGACUAUUCUCAAAUCGAAAUAAAGUCUUAUGAUUGCAGUCAAUUGCAAUAUGAUUAUUUUUUUAAAGAACAUAUGCUGCGAAAUUUGCCUUGCAUCAUAAAAAAUAUUACUCAAACUUGGAAAUGUUCUAAACUGUGGGUUGAGAACGACACCAUAAAUUACGAUUAUUUUAUUAAACAAUAUGGUCAGAUGGAAGCUCCUGUUGCGGACUGCAAUCAAAUAAACUUCAACGCUCAGUGUAAAUGUGACAUGAAAGUAAAAAAUUAUAUGAGCUACUUAAGAAGUAAAAGUUCAGAAAAACUUUUGUAUCUGAAAGAUUGGCACUUAAGAAGGCUUACACUAGAUAAUUACUUCUAUGAUGUACCAGAAGUAUUUGCAUCAGAUUGGCUAAAUGAAUAUGCCAUUGAUACUAAAGAUGAUGACUUUAUGUUUGUAUAUAUUGGCCCUAAAAAUACAUGGACACCAUUUCAUGUUGAUGUUUAUACAUCAUAUAGCUGGUCAGUUAAUGUAACUGGAAGAAAGAAAUGGAUAUUGCUUCCACCAGGAGAAGAAGAGAAAUUGAAGGAUACUCUGGGGAAUCUACCUUUAUUAUUUGAUCCUGAAAAAUUUCAUAACAUCAACUAUUUUGAAAUUAUUCAAGAAAAAGGUGAUGGACUUUUUGUUCCCUCUGGAUGGCAUCACCAAGUUUUCAAUGAUCUUGAUACUAUUUCUAUUAAUCAUAAUUUUGUUAAUGCUUGCAACAUUGAGAUUGUGUGGAAAGCUUUACAAAAAAAUUUAAUUUCUGUUGAACAUGAGAUAAAAGAAUUUCGAGAAAUGCCAGAAUUUACAUCACAGUGCCAACUUAUAUUAAAAUCAGUUUUUGGCAUGGAUUUUGAGUCAUUUGUAAAUUUCAUUAUUCACAUAGCCCAGAAAAGGUUGGACCACAUGAAUGGGGAUACAUCUUUAUUAUUUAAUGUUUAUUGUCUUGAAAAGAAUCAUAUCUGUUUUGAUUUAAAAAUUAUAUUAAAAAUAAUUAAGUCAAUACAAAACCAUCACUUGUUCCUUAAAAAUAUUAUAUCACCCAAUAUAGCACUAGAAUUAUUAAAUAUUGAACAAACCAUUAAUGAAUCCUUAAAUUAAAAAGUAAUUACAGAUGUGAAUUCGUAUAAGCAUAUACACAACUGUUUUUAAUCAAGUCUUGUAUUUUUGAGUUUGUAUAUCCUAAUUCUUUUAAUACCAUAACUGUAUGUUCUCCAUGCUUUGGAGGUUUUUGUUUUCCACUAGCAAUUCCUGGCGAAAUAGAUAAUUUUGGGGCAGGUUCUGGCUGAAAGUAAUUUUCUUCAUCUUUAUAAAAUGAUUUUCGUGUUGAAUGACACAUAUUUUUACCUACUUGAUCUAUAUCUAAUACUGGAGUAACACAAGCAUC